UGGGGCUGGUGCUGGUGCUGGCCGUGCCCGGCAUCGUGAGGGACCAGGUGGAGAAGAAUGUGAGGAUUGAUCCCAGUAGCAUCUCCUUCAACAUGUGGAAAGACCUUCCUAUUCCUUUUUAUCUCUCCAUCCACUUUUUUGAAGUGGUAAAUCCGACAGAGGUGGUUAAUGGGGCGAAGCCUAUGGUGGUCGAACGCGGACCUUAUGUCUACAGGGAACACCGGUUUAAAACCAACAUCACUUUCCAUGACAAUGACACUGUUUCAUUCCUGGAAUAUCGGCAUUUUCACUUCCAACCUGACAUGUCUAAUGGAAAGGAAGAAGAUCACAUUGUUGUACCAAACAUCCUGAUGCUGGGGGGAGCGGUCAUGAUGGAGAAUCUCCCCAGCUUUCUGAAGAUGAUGAUAAGUACUGCGUUGUCUGGCCUGAAACAGGGGCCUUUUAUGAACCGGACAGUGGGGGAGAUCCUGUGGGGGUAUGAUGAUCCACUUCUGACAAUACUGAACACCUUUGUACCUGGCUUGCUCCCUUUCAAGGGGAAGUUUGGCUUGUUUACUGAUUUUAAUAACUCUAAUUCAGGACUGUUCACUGUGUAUACGGGGGUGAAGGACAUCCAUAAAGUCCAUAUGGUGGAUACAUGGAAUGGGAUGAGAGAGACAAAAUAUUGGCGGAGUGAGCAGUGUAAUAUGAUCAAUGGGACUUCUGGAGAAAUGUGGCCACCUUUCAUGACUCCUUCUACUUCUCUGGAGUUUUAUAGUCCUGAUGCCUGCAGGUCCAUGACACUGGUGUAUGAGCAGCCUGGAGAAUUUAAAGGGAUACCAACUUUUCGUUAUGUGGCUCCAAAGACUCUGUUUGCCAAUGGAACGGACUACCCUCCAAAUGAAGGCUUCUGCCCCUGUAGGGAGUCUGGAGUCCAGAACAUCAGCUCCUGCCGACUAAAUGCACCAGUAUUCAUUUCCCAUCCUCACUUCUACAAUGCUGACCCAGUCCUAGUAGAGGCUGUUGGUGGACUCCAUCCCACAAAGGAGCAUGGGCUCUUCUUGGAUAUACACCCAAUGACUGGCAUUCCCAUGAAUUGUUCCAUCAAGCUGCAAAUGAAUCUGUUCAUGAAACGGAUCUCGGGCAUAACGCAAACAGGGAGGAUCAAGCCAGUCAUUUUGCCUAUAAUCUGGUUUGGAGAGAGUGGUUCCAUUGAGGGUUCAGUCCUAAAAGACUUCUAUACCAACCUGGUCCUGAUUCCAUCCAUACUGGAAUAUGUGCAGUAUAUCUCCAUUGGUCUGGGUACUGCUUUGAUGAUUGCUGCCAUCCUACUCAUAAUAAGUCAGAGAGGGGCUAGAAAGAAGAGUCCAAAGGACCAAGGCCUACCAAAUGGAUCACCUCAGUACUCUGAAACCAGUCCACUCCUGCAGGAUACCAAUACACGGAACCAGAUGGAGACUGCCAAAGCCUGAAGUGCCAGCCUUGAAGAGCAGCUCUCAUUAGUGCAUGUCACUACACUCAGGGAUAUGAAUGAAAAGCAGUUCUUAAGAAGGAACCUCUUGGAUGCAUCCAGUUGAGAACUAGACCUCUUGCCUCCAGUCUUGCAUCAAGCACAGAACAUGCUCAAAGAGCAGUUGGACACUGCCACAGCAAACCUGCCCAUCGUAUUCUCCUCUCAUGUCUUUGUGCAGAUGACUUCAAAGGACUAUUCCUGGCACGAUGACUGCAGGUGCCUUACAGCUGUUUGGCUGCCUGCCUGCUGGGCAGAAACAAAGACAGAACUUCCAGGCAAUCUCCUAAAGAGUCCUCCCCUGCAGCCGUACUCCUGGUUUGCCUACUUAACAGUAAACAAGGCACUUUAAUACCCAGCCCUAAAACAGAGGAGGUGCAGCUCUGUUUUAUAAGCUGGCAAGUGCUGCUCUUUUUUAAAAAAAAAAAAAAAGAGGGGAAGAUGCUCAUCCUAUGUGCUGCUCAAGGUGUGGGUAAAGGGGCUUAUUGCACUCGACUACUUCUGGCUACAGUUUCUAAACCUCCUGAGGCACCAGGGAAAAUAAGCUG